AGGCGCGACCGCCGCGGGGUCGAGGCGGGAUUUGCUUCCCGGGUUUCCUUUCGCUUCGGCGGGGACCGCCGCGCCCCGAGGGGCCGGGCCGGACCGGACCGGGCGCACCUGGGCCGGGGCCGCCCUCUCGCCGCGCCCUUCCCCUCCCUUCGCGCCCCGCCGGGCGCCCGCGUCCGCUAACGCCGGCGCGGCGGGGCGAUGGUGCCGGUGUGCGGCGGGGCGGGCGGCCGCCUGCUGCGGAUGGCGGCGGCCGGCCGGAGGCCGCUUCUCCUCAGCCUCGCCCGGGGCGGCGGCUGCCAGGCGGGGAGGAGCCCGGCCCCCCGCCGCGGCGGGGGCCUGGCCGUCAAAAAGCGGGGCUACGACAUCACCAGGAACCCCCACCUCAACAAGGUCCUCCUAGUUGCUCAUCUUCAGACUUCGUAUCACUGGCUGUCACCCUGGGACUCUGCCGUGGUGAUGCUGCCCUCCUUCCUUUGGGGACUCCAGACUCUACUUGUGGGAAUGGCUUUUACACUUGAAGAGAGGCUGCAGCUGGGGAUUCAUGGCCUCCUUCCUCCUUGCUUCUUGAGCCAAGACGUGCAAGUCCUCCGUGUGAUGAAAAACUAUGAGAACAAAUCUAAUGAUCUAGACAAAUAUAUUGCUCUUAUGACAUUACAAGACAGGAAUGAGAAGCUUUUUUACCGAGUGCUGACCUCCGACAUUGAGAGAUUCAUGCCCAUCAUUUACACCCCAACGGUUGGCCUAGCUUGUCAGCAAUAUGGCUUGGCUUUCAGGAGACCACGGGGGUUGUUUAUCACCAUCCAUGACAAAGGCCAUAUUGCAACAAUGCUAAACUCUUGGCCUGAAGAAAAUAUUAAGGCUAUUGUGGUGACAGAUGGAGAGAGGAUUCUCGGUUUAGGAGACUUAGGAAGUUAUGGCAUGGGUAUCCCAGUCGGGAAGCUUGCUUUGUACACAGCUUGUGGUGGAGUUCACCCACAACAGUGUCUCCCUGUCCUGCUGGAUGUUGGCACAGACAACGAGGCUCUCCUGAAUGAUCCACUCUAUAUUGGACUGAAACACAAGAGGGUUCGUGGGAAACAGUACGACGAACUGAUUGAUGAGUUUAUGCAGGCAGUUACCGACAAGUAUGGCAUGAAUUGUCUGAUCCAGUUUGAAGAUUUUGCAAAUGCUAACGCUUUUCGUCUCCUCAAUAAAUACCGCAACAGAUACUGCACAUUCAAUGAUGAUAUUCAAGGCACUGCGUCUGUUGCAGUCGCUGGCAUCUUUGCAGCCUUAAGGAUCACAAAGAACAGGCUCUCUGACCAUAAAUUUGUUUUCCAGGGAGCUGGAGAGGCUGCAAUGGGCAUAGCUCAUCUCAUCCUCAUGGCCAUGGAAAAGGAAGGAAUUUCACGAGAGGAUGCCAUCAAAAAAAUUUGGAUGGUGGACUCCAAGGGACUGAUUGUGAAGGGCAGGAGCCAUCUGAACCAUGAGAAAGAAGUGUUUGCCCAGGACCACCCCAGUAUAAACACGCUGGAAGAGGUUGUGCAGAAAGUGAAGCCUACAGCAAUUAUAGGUGUCGCAGCCAUUGCAGGAGCUUUCACUGAGAAGAUUUUGAAGGACAUGGCAGCCUUCAAUGAGAGGCCCAUCGUGUUUGCCCUGAGCAACCCCACAAGUAAAGCGGAGUGCACAGCGGAGCAGUGCUACCGCCUCACAGAGGGCCGGGGAAUAUUUGCAAGUGGAAGUCCAUUCUCAAAGGUAACCCUGCCCAACGGACAGACCUUCUUCCCUGGCCAAGGAAACAACGCCUACGUCUUCCCAGGAGUGGCACUGGGAGUCAUUGCCUGCGGAGUCCGGCACAUCUCUGAUGAUAUCUUCCUUCUCACAGCAGAGUCUAUCGCUGCUGAGGUGACAGAGCAGAAUCUUGCGGAAGGAAGACUCUAUCCCCGUUUAGACAGCAUCAGAGAGGUGUCUCUCAAAAUCGCUGUGAAAAUUGUUGACUGGGCCUACAAGCAUGGUCUUGCUUCUUGGCACCCCGAGCCAGCAGACAAGGAAGCCUUUGUGAAACAGCUCAUUUACAGUCCCGAUUAUGAUUCCUUUGUUAUUGAUGAUUACAGGUGGCCCCCUGCAGCCAUGCAAACACAAGAUGUAUAAGUUUGUGAGAACUGUUUUCUCAUUUUUACCAUCAGUUCCCAUGGUUCAUAUCACUGCUGAUAUAAAUGCACCUCUGGGCUUGCAGAAUGAUAAAAGUAAAUGUUUCCAAGUA